GCCUAGAGUCCGCCCUAUUCGUCAUUAUCAUAUUUAUUUAAACUAACCACUAUUUGGAUUUGUUGAAAGAAAAGAAAGCACUGGAAAUUCAGAUGUACAGAAUUUGAUCUCAUAGAAAUCUGCCAAAGUAGAGGGAAUGUUUGGACCCCAUUUGUAAUUAAAAAAGUCAAAAAAAUCACCCACCCACUCACUUGUGAAUUGUCGACUCUCUGCCACCCCAGCCGGUGGAACUUGCCAGAAAAGAAACUUCACUCAGAAAAAAUCACCAUGUCAACCACCAAAGAAAUUGAUACUGGUCCGAAAUAUGAUCGAUUGAAACACCUCAAAGAAUUUGAUGAAUCCAAAAUUGGUGUAAAAGGGUUGGUAGACCGUGGCCUAUCUACCAUACCAAGUUUCUUCGUGCACCCAGACUCCUCCUUCCCACCAACCAAUUCGACCCGGAGCAGACACACUAUUCCGGUCAUCGACUUCUCGUGUCCCAGGGAAAUCCUCGUGCAACAUAUACGAGAAUCGGCUUCAUCGUUCGGGUUUUUUCAAAUUAUUGACCACGGAAUCCCAUUAGAGACGAUUAAUCAUUUGUUGAAUUCAGUAACUUCAUUCAACGAGCUUCCAGAGAGCGAGAAAAUGAAAUAUUACAGCCGGGAUAUGUCCCACGGUGCCGCCUUUUCCACGAACUUCGAUCUCUACAAAUCAAAGGCGGCAAGCUGGCGGGACACGCUGCAGCUCCGCCUCGCCCCCACACCGCCGGACUGGGACCACGUGCCCAGCGCGUGCAAGGAAGCAAUAAUUAAUUGGGACAAGGGAGUAUUAGCCAUAGGGGAGAAGUUAUUGGGACUACUAUGUGAAGGAUUGGGUUUGAGAAAUAUUGAUGUUCUCAAGGAAAUGUCGUGUUUGGAGGCAAGGAUAAUGGCUUCACAUUAUUACCCCUAUUGCCCGCAACCCGAAUUGACGGCAGGGUUGACUUCUCAUUCGGAUCCCGGCGUGCUUACCGUUUUGGUACAGAAUGAGAUCCCCGGGUUGCAGGUGAAGGUUGGAGAGGAGUGGCUGGAUGUGGAGCCAGUGGAGGGUGCUAUCGUGAUCAAUAUUGGUGAUAUACUUCAGAUCAUGUCAAAUGACAGGUACAUAAGUGUGGAGCACAGGGUAUUAGCCAACCCGUGUAAAGAACCUCGUGUAUCUGUGGCAGUUUUCUUCAAUCCGAGCCUGAGAGAUAAAAUGUUUGGACCUUUAUCGGAGCUGUUAUCCGAUGCAAAACCGGCACAUUACCAGCACUUCACAUUUGCAGAGUACAUGAAACGAUUCUUCUCAAAGGAGUUGGAUGGGAAGACGUUAACGAAUUACUACAGACUGUAAAAUGCAGAAGAACUAGCUUCGAGAAGAAAAAUUUUUACUUGCAUAAAGGGUUUCAAUAUAAUAUGACUUUCUAAACUUGAUUUUAAAUCAAAUUUAUUAUGUAAUCGUCUGUAUUUGUAAUCAACUAUGGAUACAUUAUAUUGAAAAUGAAGUGAAGUUUGCUCCUGUCA